CCAGUCAGAACUCAGAUCAGCUCCUCUACCGAAGCUAAACUCUAGCUUUCACCAAGAUAGAAAGACUGUGACCGGAGCAGCAGAGAAACGCUACGAGACGAAUGAGACAAGAGAUCAACUUGAUCAGAAAAAGUUUCUCAAGCUCAAACUCUAAGACUAAAGGAAGACUUUCUCAACAAGACUUAAGGAAAAACUAGAAUCUAUUUCUACAAGGAAGAAAAGAUGUCUGCUGGAAUGAAGAAAAUUAUUUUGCUGCCUUUGCUGUGCAUCAUGCUCUCAUACAUGGCUGCAGGUCAGGAGUGCAGUGGCCAGUGUUCGUGCCCCUCUACUCCCCCUCAGUGCGCCCCAGGAGUGAGCCUGGUGCUGGAUGGCUGCGGCUGCUGCAGGGUGUGUGCCAAACAGAUGGGGGAGCUCUGCACUGAGAAAGACGUCUGUGACCCACACAAAGGCCUCUACUGUGACUUCGGAGCCCCCAUCAACAGACGCAUAGGAGUCUGCACAGCUCGAGAGGGAGCGACCUGUGUGUUCGGAGGAAUGGUGUACAAGAGCGGAGAGACUUUCCAGAGCAGCUGCAAGUACCAGUGUACCUGCCUGGACGGAGCUGUGGGGUGUGUCCCUCUUUGCUCCAUGGACAUCCGGCUGCCCAGUCCCGACUGCCCCAUGCCCAGGCGGGUCAAGGUGCCAGGGAAGUGCUGCGAGGAGUGGGAGUGUGAUUCUCCCUACAGAGACAGUUUCAUGGGCUCUGUUUUGCCUGCCUACAGAGAGGAGGAGACCUAUGGCCCAGAUCCCUCCAUGAUGAGGGAGAACUGCCUGGUUCAGACUACAGAAUGGAGCGCCUGCUCUAAGACCUGUGGCCUUGGGAUCUCCACCAGGGUCACCAAUGAUAACCGUGAAUGCCGCCUUGAGAAACAGACCCGGUUGUGCAUGGUGCGACCCUGCGAGUCACAGCUGGAGCAGAGCAUUAGGAAAGGAAAAAAAUGCAUCCGUACUCCCAGACUCUCCAAGCCAAUGAAAUUUGAGAUCUCUGGCUGCACCACCACCAAGUCCUACAGGCCAAAGUUCUGUGGCGUGUGCCUGGAUGGCCGCUGCUGCACCCCCCACAGGACCACCACCCUGCCCAUGGAGUUCAAAUGCCCCGACGGACAGGUCAUGAAGAAACACAUGAUGUUUAUCAAGUCCUGUGCCUGCCACCACAACUGCCCCGGGGAGAACGACAUCUUUGAGUCCAUGUAUUACAAGAAGAUGAUGGGAGACAUGGCGUGAGCCACUGAUGGACGAUCAGAUCUUAUGACUUGAAAAAAAAAAAAACAGAACUCCAUCUCAUUUUGCAGCUCAGUAUAUAUGUUUUUUCAUGUUUUAUUUUGUCAUUUUCUCAUUGUAAAAGUAGUCCAGACACUUGUCUAAGUGUCUGUGUGUUUUGUAUGGCUGGAGCACAUCAGCCACAUAGACUGAGACAGAGGGUUGCAUAGCAGCUCCGAGAGAUUCCUGCACUAUAACUUCUAUUUUUGACAAACCUGCUGUCAGGUUUCUGCCCAAUUCCCCUUGAAAUCUGUUUUACAAACCCGUCCAUUUUGCGGUUUGCAUUUUCAUACAUUAUCUAAACCUUGACCUCCUCUAAAAAUGAGGUAUCUAAUGACUCCCCCCACCCCCCAAGCCCAGACCAGACCUGCAAACUCUAAGCAGCUGUAGAGGGAGCACGCAGACCACAGCAGGCCAGUGUUCCCCUGUCCAAACAGGUCUGAAUGUGUCCUUGUGUGUGUGUGUGUGCGUGUGUGUGUGUGUGUGUGUGUGUGUGUGUGUGUGUGUGUGUGUGUGUGUGUGUGUGUGUGUGUGUGUGUGUGUGUUUGUUAGCGCAGGCCUGAAUGUCAGCCUUGUCUGUAUCUACGCUGUUCACUCUGCUCACAGAGUAGAGGAAAGGUCAGAGUUUCCGCCCAGCAUGUGGAUGAGAAAGCGAGCAGCAUGCUGGGUUUAGGGUUAGAUAUGUAACACAGUGGGCUUUGCCACGGCACUGAGGAAAAAAAAAAAAAAAAAAAAAAA